GUGCGCGCUCCACAGCAGACGACCCGAGAGCCCAAGACCAGCCGCGAUGCUCCUGCUGCCACUGCGUGCGCCGGAGGAUAGCUGAGGAGCGUUGAAUCAUGCCGGAGAACAAGACUUGUGAGUGAGGAUGGCAGGGAUGCUGCGCGCCGCAUCAGUCUCUCAGGCUCUGUGAAACGCACGGUGCAGUGGACGAGCCCUUCGGCAGGACCUGUGUGUGUGUGUAUGUGUGUGUCUUGAGCUCAGGGGAAUGUUUUCAGAUCUCCCGAAGGUGCUGAUUCUGGGCGCCAUUGCAGCCGCCUCUGCCUUUGUGGUCACCAUCCUUAUCGUCCUGGUGUGUGUGGGGUGUCAGAGAAAAAGCAAGACCAAACAUGGCCACGCCAAUGGAGCGAGUCAGAGAAUGGAAACGGCUGCGCUGCGGCAAUCCAAGCUGAACUCAAUGAGUAAAUCUGACACCCGCCUGCAUGACAUGCACAGGCUGCCCUGCAACGCCAACGGCGCUCCUAAGAGCCGUCCGGCCAGCAUGGACCUCCUCCUGCUCCAUACACGCCGAUCCAAUUCAGAUCUGCGCCAAAGCUCAGGCCGCCAGCUGCCCCGUGUUCCCAACAAACCCGAGAAUGAGGAACGUGAGCACACCUACUCAGAAGUUGGCCGUAGGGCAUCUCCUACCAGCCACCCGCCAGACGACGGCCUGUACGAGAGUGUUGGGAUAAAAGGGGCAGGGCCUGAUAAAGUUCCUCCACCUCCUGCCCCAAUAUCAGCCGACACAGGCACUCUGCGCCUAACCCACAGCCCGACGGUCAAUGGGAACGGCAGAGGUGGAAGCAGAGGAGGUGUGAACGGCGUGAGUCAGGAUGCAGUGACGGCAGAAUACGCCUCCAUACGCAAGGUGAAGAAACUGGAGCGCGGCAGGAGGGAAGAAGUGGUGGAGGAUGGAGAAAAAGAGCAUCAGAGCGUGUCUAGCAGCGAGUCCUCCAGCAGCACCCUGCCAAGGAAAGCAAUGGAACCAUUUCACCUACCCAAUUUCCCUAAGGAGGCAGUGUUCAUGGGCAACGGUGAGCAGUACAUCUGGAAGCCUCCAGAAGAGGACGAGCUGCUGCUGCCCGCGGCUCCUCAGCUGGAGAACGGACACAGUCUUCCCAGCGCCGCCGAGAUCUCUGACAUGUACUCUACCGUGUGUAAGACCCUGAAGAGGAAACACCAGCAGGUCAAAAGCCAGGAGGAGAUCAGGCCGACAGUCCCAGCCGCCUCCCAAGAGGGGGAUCGGGGAGCCGCGGGAUGGCCUGCCGCUGGUGCUACAGGGGAAGAGUCGUGGGGGAGGAGCACCACUCAGGAGGAGCCCUGUUACGAACCUGUGGGUGAGAAAACAUGGCCCCGGGGGCUUGCAGUAGAGUCGGACCCAGCCUACGCCACCAUCGAUUCUCACCGGAAGAGAGAGAAGCUGGCCAGCAACACCCUGAAGCCCAAAAAGAAGGCUGCCCAGGGUCCUGGCAGAGCUAUGACCUGCGAAAACUUUUACGAGACUAUCGGUGACGUGAAGCAGGGAGCAAAUGCAGCAAGCACCACCACUAUCUUUUACCUUUAA